AUGAAUUUGCACCGGAACAUCCGGCGCCGUUUCCAGAAGGGCGAGAAGCCUUUCAAAUGCGAGUUCGAGGGCUGCGAGAGACGCUUCGCCAACAGCAGCGACCGGAAGAAGCAUUCCCACGUGCACACCAGCGACAAGCCCUACAACUGCAAAGUGCGGGGCUGCGACAAGUCGUACACCCAUCCCAGCUCUUUGAGGAAGCACAUGAAGGUCCACUGCAAAUCCCCGCCUCCCAGCUCGGGCUACGAGUCGUCCACCCCCUCACUGGUCUCUCCUUCGUCCGACUGCGGCCGGGACCCCCCUCAAGCGCCGCCGCCACCCCCGCCGCCCCCAGCGGCCUCCUCCACCCAGGCGGCAGCCAACCUGAGCGAAUGCUGA